AAAGCUAUGUCGCUGUAUUUAUUACGUCUCCGGCUCACCAAUGACGCAUUCUAGUUGAACCUAUUGUACGGAUAAAUCGAGUAAUACUCAUUUCUGUUUAUCUAUAAAAAAUAAAUCGUUCAGAAUAUAAUGACAAUGGAUCAUUCAAGUUUACUUUACAUCAGUGCAAUUGUAACUGUUUUACAGUACGCUCAAAGUGCUCCGAGUGAGUUGCCAAAGGUAAAUGUCCAAUCGCAAGGUCAGUAUACACAAGCUGUAUCAAAUAAAGCGAGCCUUGUAAAAGAAGAUGGCCUUUCUUCAAGAUUCCCAGCCAUUGAAGAUGAUCGCCUCAAUUGGGGAGUUAUGGUUGACCCUUUGAUUCACGAAAAUGAAGAAGCAUUUAACAGACCUAUAACUAUAAGAAGAAAAAUACUUAAAUCAAAUAAAAUCGCAAAAGGAACAGUUUUAAUGAAUGAAGAAAGGACACCACCACAGAAUAUUGAUACUAGUAAGAACAAUAAAGUUAAUAUUGGGCCCCAGUCGAUUGCUUCGUCAAGUAGCAAAUCCAAUACAGAUGUUGUUAACGGUUUGCAGAUUGCUAGAAAAGCCUUAGAGAAGCCAAAACAAGAUAGAACUGCCAUACAAUGUGAUGCAGCUAUUAUUUCUUGUUGUAGUAAUAAACGAGAGCUGCAAUGGCAAUGCCAAAUUGCAAAGGAAUGCUUGUCAAGUUUCAGUGUUUGUGAAAUACCAAUUAUACAAAGAUCCAUAGAUAAUAUGAUAUUCUUUUAUACGGAUUCGUCUUAGAGUAAUGAAAAUGGGGCUGUGUAUGGCCUUUUAAUAAAAAUAAUAGAUGUGUUUAUACGUACAUAUUAAAUAGCAAUGUGAUAAGAACAAUAGAUAGGUAUAAUAGUGUAAUUAUUGUGUUAACGAACAAUUUAUAUUUACAAGUGAACCAGCACGACUACUCUUUGAAGUAUUUAAAGUGAUCAUAAUAGACGAUUAUAUAAAAAGCUUCUAUUAGAUGGCGUUACUUGGUUAUACGUGUUUCUUCAUCCUUUGCACCUUACAAUGUGCUUACACACGUGAGCCGCCACCAGUUGUGUCUAGUCCACCUCAAACGAUAACAAUUAGAAGUCCAGCGAAUCUAACAUAUGAAGAAUUAUCGUACAUAUUGAAAACAAGAAACGGCAUAGCAGAAAAACCUCCGAAAACUCUGACGCCGUGCGCGCGGGCAAUACUCGGAUGCUGUGAUGAUAAAAAAGUCAUGAAUGAAUUCUGUUCAGAAUCAUUGAAAUGUGGCGCUUUCUUCUUCGACAAUAACCCUUGCGAGGACAAGUUCAUAAUCGAUGCCUUGAAUGCGGCAAAAAUUUUUUAUGAACAAUUUAACAAAGUUUAAACUAUCCAAUGUAAAGGUAAGUUUGUUUUUCUCUGAGAGUGAACACUGAACAGUCGCGCCAAAAUUUAAAUGAAGAUCAAUCAGUUUUUCUAAACGAAAAUGAAUUGAUAAAACAGUUACUAAAUGACAAAAGGUUCACGUGAAAAAUGUACGUAUCUAUGAAAAGGUAGUUAGUUAGAUAAAUUUAAAUACAAAGAAUAAUGAUUUUGAAAAUAAGUCACACGAUACAUGUCUUACAAGGCAAAAUAAUAAUAACAUCAAAGGGAACAAAAUAUUUCGUUCUUCAUAUCUGAACAAAUAAUUAUAAUUUUUGUAGAAAAACCUGUUAGAGUUUACUGUAUUUUGUGCUUUAAAUAUUUAUGAUACAAUAAACAAUACAAGAGAA